AUGUCUCUAACUCGGGUAUUAUGAGAAAAUCCCAGCUGCCUUAUUCAUCGCGUCGUCGUUCCCUUUUCAUUAAGUUCCGAAUUCCAUGUUUUUUUCCGUCAGCACUUGAAGGCGGCAUUGGAGAGAAGGUCCAGCCCCCGACGAAACAAACAAACAAACAAACAAACGGCGGAGCAAACAAAGUGAGAGUAAACAAUCAUGAAGCGUCCCGGAAAUUCAAUCACAGCGUUUCUAACGACAUCAGCUCUUCUACUUUGCCUGGUUUCAGUCAGAGGUGACUACUGUGAUGUGAAUCAUUGCCACAAUGGAGGGACGUGUGUGACAGGUGUCGGAGACGAUCCCUUCGUCUGCAUCUGUGCGGAUGGCUUCGGCGGAGACACCUGCAACCUGACAGAGACAGGACCAUGCAGCCCUAACCCCUGUAAAAACGAUGGAUUAUGCGAGAUCAUUGCUCCGACCAGACGAGGAGAUGUUUUCAAGGAGUACACCUGCAAGUGCCAGCCCAGCUUCGAGGGAGUGCACUGUCAGAUCAAUGUGAAUGACUGUGUCAACCAGCCUUGUAAGAAUGGGGGGAAAUGCAGAGAUCUUGAUGGAGACUACACCUGUCAGUGUCCCUCACCAUAUGUUGGAAAGCAGUGCCAGCUACGUUGCAUUUCUCUGUUGGGGAUGGAGGGAGGCGCAAUUGUAGAGUCGCAGAUUUCUGCUUCCUCUUUGCACUACGGCAUUCUGGGUCUCCAGCGCUGGGGCCCGGAGUUGGCUCGGCUCAACAACCAGGGCAUCGUCAACGCCUGGACGUCAGCCGCCCAUGACAGGAACCCCUGGAUCGAGAUUGAUAUGCAGAAGAAGAUGCGUCUGACGGGCAUCAUCACUCAGGGCGCCAGUCGCAUGGGCACGGCUGAGUAUAUCAAGGCCUUCAAGGUGGCGAGCAGCUUCGAUGGAAACACUUAUACCACUUACAAAAUGGAUGGCCAACGGACUGAUAAGGUUUUUGUUGGCAACAUAGAUAACGACAGCACAAAGACCAACCUUUUUGACCCUCCAAUCGUGGCCCAGUACAUCCGCAUCAUCCCCGUGGUUUGCCGCAGGGCCUGCACCCUGCGCAUGGAGCUGGUGGGCUGUGAACUCAAUGUUUAUUCAAACACGGCAGGUUGCUCAGAGCCUCUGGGGAUGAAGUCUCGUCUCGUCUCAGACGGGCAGCUUUCCGCCACCAGCUCUUACCGCACGUGGGGCAUUGACACCUUCACGUGGCACCCUCAGUUUGCGCGACUGGAUAAGCAGGGAAAGACCAACGCCUGGUCUCCGGCCUGCAACAACCGCUCCGAGUGGAUCCAGGUGGAUCUUGAGAAGACAACGCGCCUCACAGGCAUCAUCACUCAGGGGGCGAAGGACUUUGGGGUGGUGCAGUUUGUGUCGGUGUUCAAAGUUGCUUACAGUAACGAUGGCGAGUCAUGGAAUACAGUGAAGGACGAGAUCACCGGCAAUGAUAAGCUUUUCCAAGGCAACGUUGACAACAACACCCACAAGAAGAAUCUAUUUGAACCUCCGUUCUACGCCCAAUAUGUCCGAGUCGUCCCCUGGGAGUGGCACGAGCGCAUCGCUCUACGCAUGGAGCUGCUGGGCUGCGAUGACUAGACACUCAUCCAUAAACAUGUACUGUAUGUGCUCCACGCUCAUCCAGCUGCCCCAUCUCUGCAGACCGCAGUGGAGAAUGCAUCUUGACCAGAAUCAUCUGUUUUGUAUUUAACGGCGAUAGCUUGGACUUAAACACUUGUAGCACUUUCUGACUAGUGACAUUUUUUUUUUAUGUUUAUGUUAAUAAAUUGUUUGACAUUGCAGCUUGUUUGUGCUCACAGAGAGUCGCCUGUUCAGUGUCAUUGGUUUUAGUAGAUCUAUACACAUUUGCACAGGUUUGCUUUUUGUAUUAUUUUCUCCCUUUAAGAAUCCGGAUCGAUUUCAGGCUCUGUCAAGUCUGGAGUCUUGAUAACGGUCCUUUCACCUCGGAGCUAAAUUGCCGGUUUUCAAACUUUUCUGUCCUUCCUGUUUUAACAGUUUUAACAGUAGAGUUUUUCCAGAUGCUGUUUUCAGCAGGGUCUGUGCAAUAUAUUGUAUAUUUUUUGGCAUUUCCAAGUAUCCUGGAAAAGAAAAAAUGUCAAGGAGCAGGAAAUUUAAAUUUUCAAAUUUGAACUGCGGCACACUCAAUGAAAAGAUUGAAUGACAAAAUGUUGGGCUUUUUACAUUAGGUUUUUCAUGUGAUGUAUGUAUUUUCCAAAUUUUAGCAGUUUUUUCUGCUUUAUCCUUACAUUUGAUUUCAUUGUAAUUUGAUAAUUUUUACAACAAAUGUGAAAUAGGUGAAAAAUGUCUAGAAAAUAAGCAUAAUUUUACUUUUUUUUUUUUUUUAUUAAGCAUUGCUCUUGUACUAAGAUUAUUUAAUAAAUGU